AAAGGCCUGGCCGCCGUCACUGACCAGAGCCCGACCAGUGCUGCUGCUGCCGACACCGACGCGUCCUCGGACGACACCACCACCACGGAUGCCCAGCUGGAGGAGCGCCUGUCGCACCACCUGGCCGGCUUGCAGCAGGUCCUGACCCACCUCACCAGGGACACCAACGCCCUCACGCGCAGGUACAGCCAGAUCCUGGAGCAGAUCAGCCCCAGCGAGGGGCAGCCCAGCUGGUGA